AGCGCCACAAGGAUUAUGGGUAAGGCAUGGGGUGAGUUGCGUAAGGUUACCUCAGCAGCGGCCACGGAGGCAACGCCAGCGUCGGUCCUCGGGUCCCCGGUGCCCCUCGCGCUGAUGCAGCGGAUCGCCAGCCUCGCCGCAGCCCCGGGGAUCGGCGGCCUCGCGGCGCGCGGGCCCGCAGUCCGCGCCUGGAAGAAGGGCCCGGCCGGCCGCGGGCAGCCGCUCGUGCACGGCCAGUGGGCGGGGGCGUGCGCGCGUGCCUUCGCCGGGGAGCCCGGAGCGCCAGGCCGGGGCUUCUGCCGGGGCUUCUGCCGGCGGAGGCUCGUGUUCGUCGGACAGACACACAGACUUGUCUGCUCCCGGCCGGGAGCCGACGGGCCCGCGGGGAGCUCCGGCGGUCAGCCCGCUCUCUCCGUGGUCGGCAGCCCGGAUCCGAUCACAUGGAUCCGGUGUAAAGCCAUGAUGUACCUGAUCAGUGUGUGCUUCGAGUCGGACGUCACCUCUGUGGAGUUUGAGAGAGGAGUGAAGCAGGCUGUGCUCCAUGUCUCUAACGUGAUGUCCAGCGGCAACUACCAUGAACUGAAGGGAGUUGUGUCCAAUGAGAUGGUAAAAUAUAUUCAGAAGAGGUGCAGGCCCCUCACCAAAGCUCAGAGAAGGCAGCUAGCUUUAACCAUGGAUGAUAUUAUAUUUGUGUUUCCGGAAGAUGUGUCCGUUGUCUUCGAUCAAUAUGGUAGAAAGUUCUGCUUCAUCGUCCUGAGGUUUUGGCUCCUGUCAACACACGAAGGGCCGGAUGACCCAGAGGGAAUGAAGAUCUUCAAAGUGCCGUCCAGUGAAGACGGCAGCCCACAGAAGAAAAUAGCGACCGCCGUCUAUGAAUUCCACCAAGAGCUGACGAGGGGGGCCUCUCCUGACUGGACGGUCACGACAGUUUGGCACUGGCACUGGACACUCGCCAAAUGAUUUGACCCGACACUGUGAGGACAUUUGUUUACUCAUCAGUGACGCAGCAGCCGACUAGUGAUGAGCUGAAUUUAUUUAUGGACAUUGACUAAAGAACUGACCAUCACGUGAAAGGUCGCCCUUUGAUCCAAUGAUGCCUUUUAAACCCUUCCUCGGAGAUUUCACACGGGUGAAUACAAUUGUUAUACAGGUCAAAGUAGGAGAAACGCGCAUUUAGUGGUUUUAGCUGAGACAUGGACAUAUCGGAGUGAUCGGAGAAGACUUGAAAUCUCCUGACUGUGUUGCCCAAAAAAAAUGUAUGUCCGAGCUCUUUCUAGAGCUUUCAAUCAAAAUCUUCCUCAGUCACUUGAGUUUGAUUAUGGCUCAGGGUGUCAUCACGUGACCUACAGUACAGUAGGCAUCAAACGUAACCUCCUUUCCUUUGCUAAGGAAGACUGAGAGGCAGCCUGAAGCUCACAGGAAAUAUGUCUCCAAGGUCAAAACUUAACUUUGACACUGAACACUGGUGUGUUUGUUGAACCAAUAUAUUGUCAAUAAAUUGUGCUCUAAACCCUUA